AUGACUCCUCCAUUUGGGGCUUCUGCCUCUGGAAGUUUUGGCCUCAGGGCACAUCCAGCUCUGCAGAUCAAUGUAAGUGCCUUAAUCCAAUCUAUCAGUAGUACAGAUAAGAAGCCUUCAGAGAAAGGAAAAGCUCAAUCCCCCACACCCCAUACUCUACCUACUGUGCUGAAAACCUACAAUAAGAAUCUGUCUGACUGGAAUCCCAGAGCAAAAGCUGCAACUGUGACAGUCUAUCUUGGUGAUUUUCGCCCACACCAGCAGAGACAACAGACUGAGCAGCCAAAGCCUGUGCCCUCUGCCGCCCUCCACCUACUCCAGGGUAGAUCAAGAGAGAGUACAGGGGCUCAGAUCCAGGUGGCAGGGGAUAUGCUACCAAACUCAACUGAGCAGGCCAUCACUAUUGCUGGCAUCCCACAAUUUAUCAUUGAGUGUGUCGAACAGAUCUGUGUGGUCAUGUUGGAGACUCUCUCCCAGUCUUCCCCCCAAAAGGGCUUGACCAUCCCAUACCAGCCCAAGGGGUCCAGUUCUCCAAUCAUCUUUGCAGGUGGUCAGGACAGGUACAGUACAAUUAGUGACAGUGCGAUUCCCCACACCACCCCAUCCAUGUGCCUCAACCCUGACCUGGAGAGACCACCUCUAGAGGCCUAUACCAUUCAAGGACAGUAUGCCAUUCCACAGCCAGAUUUGACCAAGCUGCACCAGUUGGCAAUGCAACAGUCUCACUUCCCCAUGACGCAAGGCAACACUGGAUUCAGUGGCAUUGAAUCCAGUUCUCCAGAGGUGAAAGGCUAUUGGGCAAGUUUGGAUGCAUCUGCUCAGACUACUUCUCCUGAACUCACCAUUCCAAAUGACUUAAUUGGCUACAUAAUCGGGUGUCAAGGCGCCAAAAUCAAUGAGAUUCGUCAGAUAUCUGGGGCUCAGAUCAAAAUUGCCAAUCCAGUGGAAGGAUCUACUGAUAGGCAGGUUACCAUCACUGGAUCUGCUGCCAGCAUUAGCCUGGCUCAAUAUCUAAUCAAUGUCAGGCUUUCCUCUAAGAUGGAUGGCAUGGGGAGCAGCUAGAACAAUGCAGACUCACCCAUAAC